CCAAAGUGAAAAUGAAGCUCAACAAAUCUAUAAUAAUUUAUAUAUUUAUCUAUUAGACCUUGACAUAGAAGAACCUAAAAAUAUUACUUUAAAUCUUUAUAUCCCUGGUGACGAUUUUAAACAAAAACAUGCUUAUAUCUGUGGUGCUAUCACUCAAAUACAAAAAUGA